AAGCUAGGGUUUCAAACGCAUACUCUGAUGCUAUUUCUGUGAAGCUUAAAAAGAGAGAGAAAAGGAGGAAACGUUACUGGUGCUGGCCGCCGGCUUCUCUCCCAAGCAAAGAAAUUUUUUGAAAAAUGGUUACCUUCAGGUUUCACCAGUACCAGGUGGUCGGGAGAGCACUUCCAACACAGAGCGAUGAGCAUCCUAAGAUCUACCGCAUGAAGCUUUGGGCAACUAACGAGGUCCGUGCCAAAUCCAAGUUCUGGUACUUCUUGAGGAAGCUUAAGAAAGUCAAGAAGAGCAAUGGACAAGUUCUUGCCAUCAAUGAGAUUUUUGAGAAGAAUCCUACCACGAUCAAGAAUUAUGGAAUAUGGCUGCGAUACCAGAGCCGAACUGGGUACCACAACAUGUACAAGGAAUACCGAGACACAACCCUUAAUGGUGCUGUUGAACAAAUGUACACUGAGAUGGCAUCUCGCCAUAGGGUGAGGUUUCCAUGCAUCCAAAUCAUCAAGACAGCUACCAUCCCAGCUAAGCUUUGCAAGAGAGAGAGUACCAAGCAGUUCCACAACUCCAAAAUCAAAUUCCCGUUGGUAUUCAAGAAGGUUAGACCCCCAUCCAGGAAGCUCAAGACAACAUACAACGCAUCCAGGCCCAACCUGUUUAUGUGAUAUGGCUGGUUGUUUUGCUGGUUUUUCUAUUUCCGAGCCUGUUAGCUUUACUAGUUUGUUGAACUAGAGAAAAUUCGAUGCUAGAUUUCUUGUUCGAAUUGAUUGCAUCCGGUGAGAGAUUAUAUUGCUUUUGUUCACUCUUUCGAGUUUUAAAGAUUACGUGAUUUGU